CUAACCUCUAACCCUAUAUAUUACUAUUACUAAAGUGUUCAAGUAUGAAUAUAGUUGUAGGUGACUUGAAUGGAGGAUAUGCAAGCAACAAACAAAUAGGUAGAAAUAGAUCAACAAAAAUGGGACCUCAGGAGCCUGAACAGAACAUCAGUCACAUGGAUGCUUCGCUCUAUAAGGCAGCAGCAGAAGGCAACAUUGAAGUAUUCAAUAAUAAGCAGGGACUUCAACUUGAGUCGCUAAAGACCCCAAACCAUAACAACGUCCUCCAUGUUAACUUGGCAACCCAGGAGACUGCCGCCUGGCUUUUAAACAGAUUUCACUCAUCCGAUCCGGUUAUGAGUUUUUUCAUUACUAUGAUAAAAAGAGAAAAAAGAUCAGAUUUUAUCGAACAAAUUCUCAGCAAGUGUCCGUCACUGCUACUCCAAACGAAUGCUAAAGGUCAAACUCCUUUACACGUUGCAGCAAGGAAUGGACAUUCUGCUAUUGUGAAACUUCUAAUCAAGUUUUGCGCAAAAGCUAGAGAUGGAGAUUUAGAGAAGCUGGGAAUGGAUCAAGUAAAUGCAGUGAGGGAGAUGCUGAGGAUUACGGAUCAGGAAUCCAACAUGGCUUUACACGAAGCAGCACGUUGUGGCAAUGUUGAAGUGGCGAAAGCAUUGUUGGAGUUUGAAGACCCUGAUUUUCCGUAUUCUGCCAACAAAAAACAGGAGACUCCACUUUACAUAGCAGCUAGGAGGAGAGGAUCUGGGCGCUUGUUGACUCUAUUAUUAGAUAAACUCAAAUCAACUGCUCAUGGCGGCCCCCACGGUAGAACAGCUUUGCAUGCAGCAGCUAUGGCUGGUGAUGCAGAGGCAAUAAAGGUAAUAUUAAAUAAGAAGGGGAAUUUGACAAAGGAAAGAGAUGAAGAUGGACACACCCCUCUCCAUUAUGCUUCACACUUGGGUAAUAGAUUGUCAGUUGUGAAAGAACUGUUAAAAAGGGAUGUAACAGCUGCCUAUAUAGGUGAUAAAAAGAGGGGGAUGACACCCCUUCUUAUGGCAGCCAGGCAAGGCCAUAUUUUAACAGUUUCAAAGAUUCUCUCUUUAUGUCCAGAUUGUUGUGAAAAAGUGGACAACAAAAGUUUGAAUGUACUUCAUUAUCUGGCUUUUAGAGACUCUCCCUCUCCAUUUGGGAAUUCUGUUUUCAAGAGUGGUGAUAUUGAGAUUGUAUACGGAUCAGUCAAAACUCUAAUGGAGUUGGAAGGUGCCUUUGGAAUGACACCUCAAGAUGUUGAUAAUGCAGUUCGAUCUCAGAAACAUCAUCAUAAACAGAAGCAAAUCAAAGAAUUGUUGGAAGAAAUUGAGAAUGAUCAAGUGGCGGAGGAACCAGUUCAUCACUUUACCGUACCAAAUAAUUCUAUAGAAAGUUUGGAGAAGACAGGAAAUGCUCAUUUAGUAGCUGCAGCUCUUAUAGCCACCGUCGCAUUUGCAGCAGCAAUAACUGUUCCUGGUGGUUUGGAGAGUGAAAAAGGGUCAAAUCGAGGCACUCCCAUUUUGAUUCAAGAGGCAGCCUUUAAAGCAUUUGUUGUAACAAAUGCAAUGGCCUUUAUUUUCUCUGUUUCUGCCCUCACCACCUACUUUGGGAUUCUGGAUCAUCUUUUUACACGAUCUAUUUUUUGGCGUGAAGCAAUAAUUUUAAAUCGAACUUGGUCUGUUUCUACGCUCCUUAGCUCUGCAACGCUUGCGAUGGUGAUUGCUUUCAGCACGGGUAGUUAUGUGGUCUUAAAACCUUCCCACGAACUUGCCAUUGUUUCAUAUCUCAUAUGCCCUGCCUUUUUACUUUGUAUGUGGGCAGCUUUGUUUAUAAUCAAUGAUUUUUUAUAUCUCAUCCGCACUUCAUUUUGGUGGCCUCCUCCACAUGGAUGGUUAAAGUUUAAUGUGUGUGGGAUUGCUAAAGAAGAUAGAGCAGGUUGUGGAGGUGUCUUGAGAGAUAAGGAGGGUGUCGCAAGAGCAUUAUUUUCUGGUUCAGUAGCAGCAAAUGAUGCCAAUGUGGCUGAGAUUGGUGCAGUGAAGAUUGCUCUGUAA